UUGUUAAUGCAAUUUUGGUACACAAUAAGAGAUACCGCCUUUUUCAAAGAAGGCGGUCGGACUGGGUGAGGGCCGUUGUCUCCCUCGACGACGAUCGCCUAGCUCCGACCUGUUUGCGAUUGCUUCGCUUGAGGAAGAAUAGCGAUUCUCUGACGAACCCGAAGCUCGAUCCGUUCUUGAUCAUCCGAUCGUUCUUGGUGGGCAAAUUGCAUCAACAAAAUGUUACAGUGGAUGGGAGGCUCACGGAGGAAGGUGAAUACUUCCAGGAAGUCAAUGCAUAAUAAGCAAAAACAUUACUUUGAACAAAGGAAACGUCAACAGCAAACAACUGGACUGGAUAAUCAUAUUCAUGACAGUAGUAAGCGAGCACACUAUCCUGAGGAACCUCGAUCACUUGAUAUACUAAGCUUUCUAAACUUGGCAACAGUUGCUCAACAAGGUUACUCAAGUCACAAUUCUUGUUUUCAACAAGAGAUUUUGUUACCAGAUAAGUGUUCUGCAGCCAUCACUGAAAAUGCUUCAGCAACUCAAAGCCUUAGCAACAAAGUGGAAGGCUAUAAGACAUCGGCAUCUUCCUGUAAAUUUAGUCCCAUUUCUACUCAUUUGAAAUCAGAGGAAAAACAAGAGGAUAUCCAGGAUGAGGUCUCAGUCCUUGAUCUACUCAAUGAUGACAACAAAAAAAUUGACUGCAGAGGAAGAGUAGUUCCUGAAAGUCAUGUUGCCUUUUCAGUGGGAGGUCUUGGUAAUGUUGGGAUGGAAACUCCUGCUCACUCACCAAGAACACAAAUAAGGAGUUUCGUUUCACCUCUAAGGAUGUCAAAGCAAGUACAAAAUUCGGCAAAUCUUAGGUCCAUGUCUUAUGAUCUUGGGAUAGAACUGAGUGCAGCUAUGUGUGAUACUGAGAAGCCAAUACAUGGGCAUUCUGCUGGAGUAGCUUGCAAACAAAAGGGUACUUUUGAAAAGGAGAAUAGGACAAGUAUGAAGUUUAUUGACUCAUGUAUCUACUCAGAUGUGCUUGAUGAUCUAUCUGAUUGCUUUGGUAGUGGCAAUGAAAAUUUUCAAGAAUGUCGAAAUGAACUAUGGGAAUUUAGUAAUGGCAUGCUGGAUGAUGAUUUCGUCAGUAUAAGGGAGUAUGAGACAGUAAGGCAGAAUAAAUCAUUCUAUUCAGAGAGUCAUGCUUCCAUCUUGUCAAAUGCUAAAUUUUCUGACGCAUAUGAGUGUGGCCUUGGAGAUUUCUUCUUAGACAGAAGCAGGUUGACUAUCUGAGAU